AGAGCAAAGAAAUAAAAAGUCGGAGAGAAUGAGGAGUUACGAUUACUCUAGGGUUCAGAGAACUGAUGGUGAUGGUGAUAAUUCGAGUGAUUGUGCCAAUCUCAAAAGAAAAGUUAAUUAAGAGAAUCUGAAUUUAGAGUUUUACAUUUGAUUUAUAUGCUUGUAUGGAAUUGAAUUGAUAUGAUUGAUUAUUUAUGGGUGUUAACUAGAAAUGAAGUGGACAUGAUUGUGUAAAGUUGAAUUGUGGGUUCCUUGUGGAACUGAGAUUCAUUGUUUUGAGAUUGUGAUGAAUUGAACCUAAAUUAGGUAUCUGUUAAACUGACAUAGGAGAAGGUUAUGAGAAUUAGCAAUAAUGAUGUCAAUGGUGCAGUUACAAGUUAAAUAUAAUUGAGAGAAAUAGAAGUAGAAUUUAGGAUAUAUAGUGGUUGUGUGAGCUGAAGUAUAUGUGUGACGGAGAAGGAGCUAUUAUGGUCUGAUGAUGAGCUGAAUUGGGUGGGGUUUCAUGAAUGAAUGUGAUUAUAGGUGAAGAUAUGGUGUUGAAUGAAAUUGUUAUGUUGGUGGUGGUUCUGUAUAAUUUAUUAGAACUAUUUUCUCAGGCUUGAAGAGGAAUUUAGGAAGUAUGGAUGUGAAAAGAAGAUUUAUUGGAAUUGGAUUUACAGGUGUAAUGGUUGUGGUGUUGUUUGUUUGAGUAUGUUGAAGUGAUAUGCGGUUGUAGCUAAUGGAAUUGGUGGAUAUAUUGUAAUUAAACCGAACUAACAAUAUUGCAGGAAAUGUUGGAGUAUGGAAUAUGCAGUGAACAUUCAAUAAGAAGAGAAGUAGAUAUAGUAAUUCAGUUAGAAGAGAGAGUUUUAAAGUUGAGGAAUGAGUUGGUUAUGGAUCUGUUGAUAAAGAUGAGAUUGGUUGAGAGUUUAGAAAGGUUAUGUGGUUUCUCAAGGGAAGAUGUUUGGGUUGUGGUGUUGUGUUGCAAAGCUUGAGGCUGGAAAUGCAUCACAAAAACACAUAUGUGUCACAAAAGGUACAAGUGUACCUUGUAUUGCAUCAUAUUGGCGCAUCAGGACCAUUGGAUUUGUGAAACUGGUACUGGGGAAACUGGUGUUGGUCAGUUCAAAGUGCCUCCUCUUCAUGAUGUAAUCAUUAUGCAAUUUCAAGACCAACAAACUAGUUGGACCUCGAAGAAUCUUGCUGCAGCUAAUGGGGUACCGGUGGACACAUUUAACCGGAGGUUUAACUUUUGGGGAAUCCUUUCAGAAUUACUUUUGGAUUUUGAUAAUCACAUAUUUACUUUUGUGGAUGGAGCAUCCAAGAAUGACGCUAACAAUGCAAACUAUGAGGAAGCAGCUGAUGAGGAUGGAGAGAGAUUCAUGGCUUCAGUUGAGGAGCAAAUACUGAAAGAGAUGAAUGUUGGACCUAAUUCAAGUUACGUAGGAUAGUGGAAUCACCCACGGAGGCUGCUAACAAUUGCAAAUGGUGAAAGUUCGAUACUAGGUUCUUGGAGGUUUUUCAAAAUCCAUUUAUCAACCAAUUGUCAUGUUUUUGUAUGUAGGAAAUGCCAAGCAUAUGUUAUCUGCUAAACUUACCUCUGCAAAUCUGGAUGUUAUCCAACUGGAGCUUGGCGUGGUUGGUAUUUUUCUCAGUCUGUGCAGAUUAGGGUGGUAGUUUGGCUAUCAUAGAUUCUGGAUUUUUUGGAUCUUUGCAGCGGUGUACAUAAUUGUACACACCAAUGUAAAUUUAAAAAAUUAAAAAAUGAAAAUUAUAUAGCCAUAUGGGUACUCUUUUUGUAGCUCUCGGAAAGAGCUUUCCGAAUAUAUAAAUUUUGCGAAUUUUGGACAAACGUUUCAAAAGAUAAAUUGAUUUUAGUUUAUUUUUUUAUUA